AUGCAUAGAAGACUAUCUUCCUCUGUUCUCACCACCAUCGCAUCCCGACAUCAUUACCACACAUCUCAAUCUGCCAAAUCCACAAAGAAACCGAGCCGCCACGAACCAACAACAGCUCACAAGAUCACCAGAAAGCCAUGGGAAGAAGUUCCCUUUCUCACCGAUCUCAAACAAACCGAAGAAACAGAGGAAGCUCUCUCUCUCUUCCACCAGUACCAGCAAAUGGGUUUCCGACACGACUACCCAUCUUACUCCUCACUCAUCUACAAACUCGCCAAGUCACGUGACUUCGACGCAGUCGACCAAAUCCUCAACCUCGUCCGCCACCGUAACGUCCGAUGCAGAGAAUCCCUCUUCAUGGGGCUGAUUCAGCACUACGGAAAAGCCAAUUCAAUUGAUAAAGCCGUCGAUGUGUUCCAUAAAAUGACGUCGUUUGACUGCGUCCGUACGAUCCAAUCUCUCAACACUCUCAUCAACGUUCUCGUCGAUAGUAACAAUUUGGAAAAAGCUAAAAGCUUUGUAGACGGAGCUAAAGAUAUGGGUUUAAGUCCCAACUCCGUCUCGUUCAAUGUACUGAUCAAAGGGCUUCUCGAGAGAUGCGAUUGGGAAGGCGCGCGCGAGGUGCUCGACGAAAUGCUUGAGAGAGAAGUGCAACCGACUGUAGUGACUUAUAAUAGUUUAAUAGGAUUCUUGUGCCGGAGUAACGAUGUGGGGGAGGCGAAAAGCUUGCUUGAAGAUAUGAUGGUGAAGAGAAUACGCCCCAAUCACGUGACGUUUGCGUUGUUGAUGAAGGGUUUAUGUACUAAGGGAGAUUACAAUGAAGCGAAGAAGCUGAUGUUCGAUAUGGAGUAUCGUGGGUGUAAACCAGGGUUAGUUAACUAUGGGGUUUUGAUGAGUGAUCUUGGAAAGAGAGGGAAGAUCGACGAGGCGAAGGUUCUGCUAAGUGAGAUGAAGAAUAGGAGGAUAAAGCCUGAUGUUGUGAUCUACAACAUUCUUGUUAAUCAUCUUUGUAGUGAAGGCAGAGCUCCUGAGGCUUACAGAACGCUGAUGGAAAUGCAGAUGAAAGGUUGUAAGCCUAAUGCGGCUACCUACCGUAUGAUGGUUGAUGGGUUCUGUCGUAUUGGGGAUUUUGAUUCUGCGUUGAGUAUUUUGAAUGCGAUGCUUGCGAGUAGACACUCUCCCACGCCUGCAACGUUUGUGUGUUUGGUUAAUGGGCUGGUGAAAGGAGCUUUGGAUCUGGUGCUUGGGAAAAACUAG